UAGAAUAGUUCAUGUUUUGGUUUUCAUCUUCUAGUAGAUAUUCUUUGAAGAUUUUUAAUAAAAGGUUUUAAAAGAAAAGAAAAGCGUGCUGGUUACAAUGCUAGUAAAGGAUUGUUUAAUCCCGGGUAGGGGGUGAAAGUGGGUAUCCAUAGAGAGUUAAUUUUUAUGUUUUAUAUUGAUAAAUCUUUGAUAACCAUCCUUUUUAUACACCUCUGGUGUGCCCAGGGGUUCGUGUUUGCCCUAUUCUCGGUUUUGUAUUAUUUAUAAAUCACGACAUUCGCUAUUUUUACUUUUUUUUUUUUUUUUUUUUUUUUUUUACAAAUUGUGUAUGUAUACAUUCUAUACGGAUUUUUGGCCCAUCUGGUCAAAUUCACAUUUAUUUGAAAAACGAACAGCUGGCUAUGGGCUGUUGAUAUUUAAAUUUUAUGAAUAAACAAUGUGUGCAUGUGUUUUAAUCAUCAAUGCCAAAUAUUUUUUGUGGCUUUAUAAUUAUUGGUGCGUAGUUUGAUACGAAAAAUCGCGUGCUUGAGGCGUUUAGUCCCUUUGUUUUCUAUUUUUUCCUUACGUACGCAAUAUCAAUAUUCAGAUUGAUUUUUUAAAGGAACUAAGGAUGGAUUUUUCAUUUUAGAUUCUUUGAGUUAUAUGUACUUUACCUUGAUUAAGCUUACAUACGGUCCUGACAUCACAGCCAAACCGAAGCUGAGACAACUAGUUAUUUUACGUUCAGGGGUAUCAAUAGAUUUCAGUUAUGGAGGACACACCCCUUACUAAUGAUGUGGAAUUAACAGUGGCCAGCUUUACAGACGAAGGUCCACCCCCUCCAUACCAGAGGAAAGGCUGCCAACCUAACCCUCAUACUCCUCAUACACUUUCUAUAGAUAUGUCUGGUAAUACCCUAAUCCCACCUAAUGGUCACCUGACUAGUCCAGAAUCAUCCCGGAGGAGACACAAAAGUGACGGGGCCCUUCCAGUGGCCACCCUGACCUGUCAGGCCAGUGAUAACCACCACUUGUCUCCCAGUCAAAGGAAAUGCUCUGUGUUUGGAAGUCGGAGCACAAUUAGUGGUAUCAAGUUUGAUGAUCCAUAUGUAGAAGAUGGGAAGUCUAGUGAUAGAACGAGCUGGAAGAGUGCAGACUCCGAUGACGAUGAGUCAGGAUUGACCCUUAUGUACUCCAAGCAUGAGAAAUUACCAAUGAAGGACUUUUCAAUGGAGGUCAGAGCUUCAAUGGAUGUUCAAAACUUCUUGAAAAAGACAGUUUUAAUCCUCGACCUGAACAAAGUCAGUUUGGAUGAAAUUAUUGAUGAAAUACUUCACAAGCUGUUGGAUAGCUCAGGCAGUAAACACAGUUUCGACCAGGCCAGAUCUGCCCUCUUCACCCAUGAUUGUGUUCAUCAGCUGAGCAGAACCUUGCAGUGUACCAGUAUUUCAGAAGGAGGGGGAUUUGACUAUGAUCAGAAUUGGAUUUGUGCUCUUGCCAGCAUUCCUUCCAUCCAGUCCAGACAUGUAGGAAUAGCUCGCCUGCACCACCCCGCAAACCUGGGUACGUCCAGCCAAGAGGUCCACUUUGUGAUUGUUGUUCUGACGCCCACCAAAGAGAAAGGAACAAAGAAUGAACUAGAGACAGGAAGGACUUUUUCCACCAUAAUGUCUGAUCCAGAAUUGCGUAUGAAGUUGCUGGAAGCCAACACAGAGCCUGAAUUUAAAAAAAUUUUGGAGUUCCACACUAACACCUUAGCCGAAAGGCAGAAAAACUGGACCUCGGAGAAGGCUGUGUUUUCUGCUGAACAUCAUGAUCGGACUUCCUUUAGAUGUAGCUUAUUCCAUGGAAUACAAGAGGACUUGAAGAGACGAUUCCCAGUGUACCUCUCAGAUUACAGAGACGGUGUGGUUGGGAGCAAAUCCAUUCAGAAAACCAUCUCAACCACCUUUUUCCUUUAUUUUGCCUGUCUGAUGCCUUCCAUUGCAUUUGGUGUCCUCAAUGCUAACAACACCAAGGGUCAACUCAAUGUGGAAAAAGUUCUCUACUCCCAGAUAUUUGGAGGAUUAUUGUUUGCCUUCUGUGGAGGAACUCCACAUAUAAUUCUACUGACUACAGCACCAUUAGCAUUAUACACAAAAAUUAUAUACAGUAUUAGUCAGGACUUUGAUAUCAACUUCCAAGCAUUUUAUGCUUGUGUGGGGCUGUGGAACAGCUUCUUCUUAUUCUUGUAUUCAGCAUUUGAUCUUAGUGUGUUGAUGAAGUGGUCUACCAGAUCAUCUGAGGAGAUCUUUGCUUUGUUUAUAUCCAUUGCAUUCUGUGUUGAUGCCUUCAAAGAUGCUGCCAGUAACUUUGGAGUCCAUUACUACAUUCCAGGCUGUACCCAGACAGCUGCUAACAUUUCUACAGUGAACCACUCUGUCAUAUCAGCAGCUUCAAAUCUGACUGUCAGCAUGACCAGGAACACUACAGCUCCUCCUGGUGGAUGUGAGCGAGAUCUCAGUCUGCUGUACCUGCUGUUGUUACUGGGAACAUUAUGGUUGGGUGUCACCCUGUAUAACUUUACGAUGACUCCAUAUUUGAAUGCUGGGAAAAGAGAGCUGCUGGCAGACUACUCCCUUCCUGUGGCUGUCAUCAUUAUGAGCUUCUUUGGCUCGUAUGUAUUCAGAGAUGUACAGUUAGAUAGCAGUUUUACUCCUACGGAAUUGUCACUGGAGGUCUUUAAAUUGGUUCCCAUCCAUAAGUUGCCAGUUGGGGCAGUAUUUGGUGCCAUGGGGCUUGGCUUUUGCCUUUCACUCUUGUUCUUCAUGGACCAAAACAUUUCAGCAGCACUGGUUAAUGCUCCUCAGAAUAAGUUAAAGAAAGGAACUUCUUACCACUGGGAUCUGCUUGUUUGUGGUGUGAUUAAUGCCACGUUGAGCCUAAUGGCAUUCCCAUGGGUACAUGCUGCACUCCCCCACUCACCUCUCCAUGUCAGGGCACUAGCAGAUGUAGAGGAAAGGGUGGACCAAGGCCAUAUAUACCAAAUAAUUGUAAGAGUACGAGAGACUCGUCUGACAGCCAUAUUUUCCCACAUUUUGAUUGGACUGUCUUUAUUUAUCCUGAACUUCCUGUCUUACAUCCCGACUCCAGUGUUGUAUGGUCUGUUUUUGUAUGUGGGUGUCACAGCUUUAUAUGGGAACCAGUUGUUUGAACGUAUCAUGUUACUCAUCACUGAACAGAGUGCCUACCCCCCGAACCAUUACAUCCGGCGGGUACCUCAGAGGAAGAUUCACCUGUUUACUGUCCUACAGCUCCUGCAACUGCUGGUUCUUUGUGCAUUUGGAUUCACCCCCUACCCGUAUCUCAAGAUGUUCUUCCCAGUUCUCAUCUUCCUGCUCAUACCUCUCCGACAAAAAGUGAUUCCUCACCUCAUACAACAGAAGUUCCUAAAGGCUAUUGAUGGACAUUGAGGGCAGUUCUGUGUGCCACUCCAGCAUUGUUAAUAUACAUUGAAUGUAUAUGUCACUACACCUAGUUAGUACGUACAGUAGAAACCAUCUUAAUAUGCACUUAUUAUGGUUUAAUAGGAUUUUAUAGAUUAUUGUGAUGGUUUUUUUUUUACAACAUAAAAUGAUUUUUUAAUAAAUCAAUAUAAAUGUACAUAAUUAUUAUAUAAUUCUUCAAAAUACAAAUCCCGUUUAUUAUAUUACUUUAUAAGUAUGAAGUUGUAAAAUAAGGGGAUUAGUAAACACAAUGUUACCUGUACUGUUAUUACAGAUUAGUAAACACUUCAUUGCACUGAGACAUAAUGUUACCUGUACUGUAAUUACAUAAUUUAGUUUAGUUAAGCUAUUUUGUAUGCUAAUUAACUGAGCAGUUUUUAUACGCCCGCAUAAAAAUGCAGGUGUAUUAUACUAUACCGCUGUCGUUUGUCUGUCCCUUUAACUUUGUCUUCACAACUCCUCUUAAACCCUUUGGGGGUGGGGGGGGGGGGGGGAGAUUUCAAUGAAACUUAGUACAAAGGAAGAUCACAAUGUAUAGAUGUGCAUAUUACAAGGGGAGUGCUGUCCCACUAUUUUUGAAGGAGUUACAGCCCUUGGAUUCAAACAUUUGGGGGUAUAUGGUUUUUGGUCUGUUCGUUUAUCUGUGGAAAAAAUUAAACCUUAGCCAUGUGUAUGAAGAAGUUAUAGCCCCAGGGCUUAGAUUUGUCUUUGCAAAUAUCUUGAUUUUGCAACUCAUAAAACAUUUUAUUUUGAUUCAAAUUAUUGUCCUUGGAUAUGGAUUUACUUGUUCAAAUUCCUGGGUCAAUAAUGUAUGCAGGCAUAUCAUGUACCAGUUUAGUGGUGCCCUAAUUUUUGCUUUGUUUUUAGCUAUGUGUAAAUUUUAGGGAAUACAAAAUCCUUAACUUUUCAUUUUAUGAAUUCAUUAGAAAAUAAGCAUAUAACUACUUAUGUACAAGAAAAAGCAAAUAGAGAUACUAAUUAUGAUCAGUGUGACCUGUUUUUGUGUGAAAACUAAUAAAUAUAUGUAUACCGAUUGUUUAUUAUGAUGAUGUGCAUUUUGUGAUGAAAUAUGUGUAGCUUGGAAAAUAAAACACCAUGUUAAGAGGUUUCUACUGUAUUUUUUAAAUGACUUCAUAUAAUAUCAGCCUCUCUUAUCCCCCAUGUUAAGAGGUUUAGAGCUACUGUAUUUUUUAAAUGACUUCAUAUGAUAUCAGCCUCUCUUAUCCCCCAUGUUAAGAGGUUUCUACUGUAUAUUUUAAAUGACUUCAUAUGAUAUCAGCCUCUCUUAUCCACCAUGCUAAGAGGUUUGUACUGUAUUUUUAAAAUGACUUCAUAUAAUAUCAGCCUCUCUUAUCCCCCGUGUUAAGAGGUUUCUACUGUUUAUUUAAAAUGACUUCAUAUUAUAUCAGCCUCUCUUAUCCCCCAUGUUAAGAGGUUUGUACUGUAUUUUUUAAAUGACUUCAUAUAAUAUCAGCCUCUCUUAUCCCCCAUGUUAAGAGGUUUAGAACUACUGUAUUUUUUAAAUGACUUCAUAUAAUAUCAGCCUCUCUUAUCCCCCAUGAAACUUUACAAGAAUAACUUCCAAGGAAGACUACAUCUUAUUUCAUAAUUAAAACAGCUUUACAUAAUGUCUCUUAUAUCUACAAUCAUUUGAAGUGCAUAACACAAUCUCUCAAUUCUACUCAAAUCUAGUUGAAAUGCAAAUGUGAGUUUUUCCCCCCAGAAAACAUACAGCACAGUCUGUCACUUAAAAUGUGGCAUAAAAAUAAAGAUUGUCCAGCCUUCAGUCGGUGUAGUAAGACUGCAUAGAUGAAAAAUAUCCAUUUUAUGUUAAAAUACCAAAAAUGUCAUCUCUAUGCUGUUGUAAUUCCAAAUCUAAUGCUACAUUCGCACUUUCACGAUUUGCAGCAUGAUUAAAAUCGUGGAAUAAUCAUGGUGAUCGUAUAAAAUCUUACUUAAAGAGGUUCGUACCUCAGAUUUGGAGUAAUGUCAAUUUUUUGGGAAAUGUAUUUUUGAUUUCUACAUUGAGGGAGAAUUAGGAAAUUGAAAAGAAAACCUGGGGUCGCAAAGCUUGUUAUUGAACUAUAGUGUUCUAAACAUGACUUUUUUGCACUUAAAAUUUAUUCAAUUAAACUUGAUAUUUCUGUCGGUGUCAACACAACAUAAGCAACACAAAUCAAUCAUUACAUAAAAUAGAUACAUAAUCAUGUCUUCUAACACUACAGAUAAAUAAAUUAAUUCAUACUAGAAAUGGAAAUAAAUAAUGACCUUUUUGCACUUGAUAUACAAUAAACUUCAUGAUAUCAAAAUUGAUAGUUUAAAAUGACAUAGUAGGAGUAAUGUCAAUUUCUAAAAUUUUACACAAUUUUCAAGAUCUGGUCUUACAAUUUAAAAUGCAACUUUAAAAAGUGGGGGUUGGAGAUCAAUUUUUUAAAUUAUUGGCGAAAAUGCUAAAUUUUUAACUCGCAUCAUCUUGUAUUAAAACCUGAAAUUCCAGAAAAUUUUCGCGAUCAGCUAUGAAUAGUCAAUCACCGGGCAUUCGUAACGAAUCACACGACAGUGGGAAGGUAGCAUAAGGCAUUUAGAUGAAAUUGAGAAUAAGAGCUAAGUAGCGUCAGGACUCUUAAAUUAAGUUACAAAACAUAUUUUAAAGCAAUUUAUUAAUAAGAACAACUGACAAUUUUGCCAUACUCAUAUAUUUCAAGGAAAUGCAUGGUACUUAAAUUGUUACUGAGGAUUAAGUAACUCAUGUGCAGUGCAUGUUUUGAUAUUUUGUCAUCAUAUAAAGCAUAUCAUUUGGCAUAUCAAUCUUGCAUACUCAAUAAAACUAUCAAACAUUCAAAAGAGGUCUGAUAAUUGUGUAAGUUCAAAGUCAUCAACUGUAAGUAACAAGCCUUAAAUAAAAGCAGAAGUCAGUCCUUUACUUUUCUAAAGAUAUUGUACAUAGAUCAGUAAAAGGUUUGACAAUUCUGUAGAGACACAAUAAAAAAAAACCCAUGAUUUUCGUUCUCUAAAGUGAUUAUACCAGCAGGAGACAGGAAGAAUGUUAUGGGUUUUUUAGGUCGUUAAUGUUUUGAACAAUAUAUAAAGCAUAACAUUCAAAUAUUUCAACUUGUACAUCGAAGAGAGACAUAAAAUAUGUGAUGGAAGAGGAAUAUCACAUGAAGGUCAAAUGUCAACUUAGGUCCUGCUUUAGAAUGUUCAUCUGAUUUUUGUUUAUUCCCUUGCCUGUACAUGUUACACUCUUUUUUACAUAUCACAUUUCAUAUCUGAAAUACUUGUAUACAUUUAUAACAUAGAAGUCCUUUCCACAAUGUGAUAGAUCUCUGGGAAUUGAAGUAUGUUAAAUGUGAUAGAUGUUCAGAAUUGACAAGCACUGUGUGAAAUGUGAUAGAUGUUCAGAAUUGACAAGCACUGUGUGAAAUGUGAUAGAUCUCUCAGAAUUGACAAGCACUGUGUGAAAUGUGAUAGAUCUCUCAGAAUUGACAAGCACUGUGUGAAAUGUGAUAGAUCUCUCAGAAUUGACAAGCACUGUGUUUUCAGUGUUCUUUUUUCUUUUUUCUUUUUUUUAAGAUUUUAUCUUUUUACAUGGGCAUUUUGUAACUCUAAUGUACGUAUUCUAUAUAACCUUGAUGUAUGAAUAUGAAUGCUUAUAUUUACAACUCUUGAAAGUCAUUAUAUUUAUUACAUUUUCAGUGGUGAAAUACUCUUUAUCCAUUGAAUAAAUAAUUAAUAUGAUAUGUACAAAAUGUAACAGAUAUUGACACGGUAUCAAACGCCAUAUUGUUGCACCAUACUAUCAUAUGGAUAUAAGCGGAAGUGAAUGAAGAACAAACCAUUGACUGUUAAUGAUAAUCAUGUAAAGAUUUUCUUGGUUUUCAUAGACUUUUUAAUUCCCAAGAAAUUUAAAUUUACUACUGUAAUUUUCACAAGAGUCAAAACUUUGUUAAAGACAUAAGCGAUGGACAUAAACUGAGUUUUUGUAGGUAAGAGGAAUGUCAAUAAUGUAUUCUAUAAUAGUUUUCAAUUUAGAUGAUUUCAGCAAGAAUAGUUCUGUUACAAGCGGAUCAAUUUGAUCUCCACCAAUAAUUAACUAGAUCACAAGAUCAAAGUGAACAGUACCUACUUCCAGCAUUAAUUUCAACAAUCAUAGGCUUGGGUUGGAAAUAAACAUGUUAGUCAUUUAUGUUUUUUUAUUUCCAAGAAUGAAAUAAUAGUCCUUGAACACUAUAUUAUAUGGUUCAUAGUAUGAAGAAGAAAUAUCUACUGAAAAUUGAGAUCAUUAAAAUGUCUCUAAGUGCGAGUUUUUGGUAAACCAGCCAUCCCUCUAAACUGGCCGGGGUGGGUUUUUUUUCGGUCCAAAAGCCGGCCGCUUUAGAGAAGUUUUACUGUAGAUUUCUUAUGGCAAAACCUUUCAUAUAAUACCAUGAUUUUUAACCUUGUGACCUUGACCUUCUCAAGAACAGCACGGUCAUUUUAGUGAUAUUGGUAUUUGGGCAUCCCCAUAUUGUGUGAAUUCAAGUUGUUUUGUGUCCUAUAUGUGACCAUUUGGGGCUAGGUUGGGGUCAAAAAUUUUCUUGGGAAUAAUUUUUUUUAAAAAGUCUUCUAAAAAUCACAACAGCAGGGUGAUUCAGUUGAAUAGUAUGGCUCAUGGGCCUCCAUAAGCCUCGUGUCAAAAAAUAUUUUCACUCAUGCUUUGGACUUGCGAAAAUAUUUUUAAGAAAUUGUUCCUACUUCAUGAAACACAUUCCAGAUCCAAUGACAAAACAUUGAGUAUCCUCUGCAUAAAUAUAUAAAUUUAAUUUUUAUGCUAUGAAGCAUGUAUAAUGUGUGUGUGUGUGUGUGGACAUAUACAGAAAAACAUAAAUAAAAUGCUUAAUGAAAACUCCACCAGUUUUAUAAGUAACAUAAUAAACUAUAAAUAUUUCUACAGGUACACAAAUUAUUGUGAUAACAAAAGCAAAUAACAUUGAAUUUUAGUGAAGAUCAUCAUGAUUUUUAUCAUACACACACAUAGGUAAAAUGUUAAUAAUGACAACACGUAAAAUGGAAGCGCUUACGUUUUACAACGUGUUGUCAUAUUUUAUUAGCUCACCUGAACCAAAGGUUCAAGUGAGCUUUUCUGAUCACAUUUUGUCCGUCUGUAAACUUUUCACAUUUUCGACUUCUUCUCCAGAACCACUGGGCCAAUUUCAACCAAACUUGGCCAAAAGCAUCCUUGGGGGAAGGGGCUUUCAAGUUUGUUCAAAUGAAGGGCCAUGUCCCUUUCAAGGGGGAGAUAAUCACAAAAAUAGGAUGGGGUCAUUUAAAAAUCUUCUUAAGAACCACUGGGCCAGAAGAGCUGAAAUUUACCUGAAAGCUUCCUGACAUAUUGCAGAUUCAAUUGUGUUCAAUUCAUGGCCCCCAGGGGUAGGAUGGGGCCAAAAGGGGGAUCAAAGUUUUACAUACAAAUAUAUAGAGAAAAACUUUAAAAAUCUUCUUCUCAAGAACCACUAAGCCAGAAAAGCUUAGAUUUACAUGAAAGCCUCCUGACAUAAUGCAGAUUCAAGUUUGUUCAAAUCAUGGGCCCCGGGGGUUGUAUGGGUCCACAAUGGGGAUCAAAGUUUUACAUACAAAUAUAUAGGAAAAAUCUUUAAAAAUCUUCUUCUCAAGAACCACUGAGCCAGAAAAGCUGAUUUUUACAUGAAAACUUUCUAACAUAGUGCAGAUUCAAGUUUGCUCAAAUCAUGGCCCCCAGGGGUAGGAUGAGGCCACAAGGGGGGGGGGGUGUCAAAGUUUUACUUACAAAUAUAGGGAAAAUCUUUAAAAAUCUUCUUCUCAAGAACCAUUGGGCCAAAGGAGUUGACAUUUACAUGAAAGCUCUCUGACCUAGUGUAGAUUCAAGUUUGCAAAAAUCGUGGCCUCCAAGGGUAGUUGGGGCCUUAAUAGGGACUAAGGUUUUACAUGCAAAUAUAUAUGGAAAGUUCAGAUAUGGGCCAAGGUGACUCAGGUGAGCGAUGUGGCCCAUGGGCCUCUUGUAACAUUUUACCUAUUGAUUACCGGACACUGAGGCAAUUUUUCACAUUUGGAAAGAUAUAUAUAUAUAUAAAAUCUCUUUUUUUAAAGUAAAAUCUAAAGAUUUUUAUAGAUAAACACGACUGAAGAAGACCGGUAACACGGUUGAAAUAUUUCUGGAAACUGUUUAGAGUUUUUCUUAUAUAAUAUGUAUUUUAUGUAUAUAAUUUUCUGUCAUUCAGAACUGUAUGUGCUUUGCAAGGCAGUGAUGGUGCCUUUUUUUUUUUUUUUUUUUAACUGUUUUAUGUUACUGUGUUCAUAUAUUUUUGUUGUUGAACUAGUCAUAACAUAUUUAUGGUUUUUCACAUCACUCAGUAACACAGUUGUUUAUUAUACUAAUGUAUAGAGUUUGCUUUUGGAUUUUGUGAUGUUUUUAUAAUUGAAGAUAAAACUUGUCUACUAUUUGGAUUGUUUAUGCAAUGCCUUUCAGGUUGAUGAUACUAAUAUUGUGCUGUGGGGUUUUUUAAUGCAUCGAUCAUAUUUUCUAAAACAAUUGUGUGAUCAUGAAAAGGAAAAAUCUUAAUUUUUUAUUUUAAAGGUUUAAACUGAAAUCCAGAAAUGAAGGAUGGAUUUGGUUGAAUUUGCUGUUUAAUUUAAUGGUACAGUAGUUUAGAAAUCUCCGUAUUUCUUGAUAGACUGGUAUCUGUUGUAGAUAUACUUUCUUAUGUAAAUUUUAGAACAAUUUGUGAAUUAAAGGUUGACUUUAAUUAAUAAGAAAAAUAAAAAUCUUCCAUCAA